CUAUGGUUGUCGAAUAUUCCUGAAUUAUAGUUUUACGUUAGGUCCUUUUAUCACACCCGCAGAAAAAAAACGCUAAUAAAAAAAAGUUUUGUAGUUUUUCAAAGACAGGUCGGAUCAUUCUGUGCUACUUUUGAGUGUUAUAUUUUAUUUUCGGUUUCAGUCUUGUAUGUCAUUUGGAUUGUUAUACACCCAGAUGAUUUCUAAUAGUGUGGGCGACAUCCGUUCAAAACAAGCGCACUCAUUGCUGCCUGCGUUUCGUUAGUAUUUUUUGUGGAAGGAUUGUGGUAUCGAUCGCCCGGUGUAUCAAGAUUUUAAUCUUUUUACGCUUGCGAUCAGCUUAGUGUGUUAUUACGAACCUUCUUUUUUUCUAAAUUAACUCGCAAAUACAUUAAAAGUGUUCAAUUAUCUUGUAAAUUUCAAUGAAGCUUUGAAAAUUGCAUAGCACCUGUUUUUGGCUUAUUGUGGUUUAUGUUUAGUGCCUUGUAAGCGUCCGUGGCUGAGUGGUUAGUGAGUGAGACUCUUAAUCUGUAGGUGGCAGGUUUGAAUAUCAUUCGCAGCCCAUAGCAUCUGUUCUCCGCUUUAGUUGUGGCUGGUGUUUAGUGCCUAUUAAGCGUCCGUGGCUGAAUGCUUAGCGUAUGAGACUCUUAAGCUGUAGGAUUGAAUCUCAGGCAAAGCCUGUUUUUUUUAAAAAACUAAUUUGAGGUUUAUUUCUAAUUUUUAUAUUGCACUUUAUAGAGCUGCUUUGGCUCUUCUCCACUUUCACCCCUAAUUCAAAUUCUCAUUUUCUUACUUAUGUUACGUGUUGUUAAGGCUGAAUGAGUGAUGUUACGAUGUAAGGCAUGAUGAACAAAUGUGUUCAUAAUAGUUAGUUUGUUCACUAUGCUAAAUUUCAUUGCAUUAUGACAAUGUUAAAGUAGUUUUUCAAAGAAAGGGUGGGUGGAAAAGAGCAGCUGCUUUUUGUUCUCGCUUGUGUUUGCGAAGCGAAGCUGCGCCUCUGUGUCAAAGCUUGUUUUUGUUUUUAUCUGAAAUUUUUACUUGCUUUUUUCUACCUUAGAUGAUUGCUUUCCAGAUAUUGCAGUUUUGAUUGUAAAGUGACCUAGCCUAGACGAAAAAUUUGUUUUAAAAGCGACCUAUGGAUGAACAAAGCUGAUUGCUGAUUUUAUUGAGUGAAUUUUGAAUUAAAGCAAAAUAUGGCGUUCAAAGAGUACCAGCACCGGGAAAUAAACCCGAAAAGUUUUCCCAAAAGAACUUCCUCGUUGCCAGCAAAUGAUAUGAUCAUUGUGCCUUACAACUACAGACCGAAUUCCCGUUUGCGACAUGCCACUAAUUCUUCAUUUAUGGACAGUAUGAAAGGUGUGGAACUAGUUAGAAGUCAAUCAUUCUCUGCUUACUCGUGCCCAGAUGAUUUGAAGAAUGUGAAAGACAAAACAAAAGAAACAGAAACUAAUACAGAGUCAAUUGACGAAAGCGCCGAAGAUUUUGUUCACGAUCUGUCCUCAAACGGUAGUCCAAAUCAUGUCGCCAAAAGAGACUGCCAAUCUGAUGAUGAUGAUGAUGAUGAUGGAAGAAAGAGUGUUCAAAACACUUUUCUUAAAAAGAGCCGAUUCAAAUGCAACGAAAAUAUGAAAACCAAACAGGACCAAAAUAAAUUUAAUCACAAACCGGCAAAGAAGAAAAGUUGUUGCUGUUUAGUGAAAAGUGUUUUGAACUUCAGUUUAUUUUUGAUAACUUCUUUUAUGCUUGCGGGUUCUGUUACCCAUUUAUACAUAUCUCCAGUACCUAGUCCAAAAUGCACUUUCAAUCAAAGCGAGAUAUUGAGUAAGUUACGCGCAGGUGAAACAAAGACAAAAAUUGAAUCCAUUGUUAUUGGACAAAGUGAAUUAAUUGGGAAUAUCGUGACUGCAUUGGCGGAUUUUUUGGAAGAUAUGGAGUCGAAUAUUACAACGGUGUUUAUCUAUGGGCCCACGGGUGUUGGAAAAACACUAACUGUCCAGACUGUUUUGAAAGCAAUUGAAGUUCCUCCUCAGUGCGUCAGCACAAUGGAUUAUCUCUCUAACUUGACGCUCCCGCUUUAUGGGCUCAAAAUUUUCCACAUGGAUGCAGCAAAUAUGUUCCCAGACGACUCUAUGAUGAUUACUUCGGCACCUUCGAUCCCCGAUGUCUUAGUGCCUUAUCAGUUCUUUUUGCCCAAAUCAAUCAGUUACUACUUUUCGAGGAAAACGAUCAUUUUUGUCACGUCGAACUACGCGCCAGAAAAAGGGCGGGACUCACUUUGGAGAAAUCUUCAGUCGUCAGCUGGCUCUGUUCAUCUUUUUGAAGCAAGAUAUCUGAAUCGUGAAGAUGUGAAGAAAUGUGUAGACCUAGAACUGAAUCAGAAACCGUCUUUGAACAUUAAACGAGAAAUUGUUGAAUUUGUGCUACAAAAUAUUGAGUUCAAUUCUGAAGGUCAAAGUUUGCCUGGUUGUAAAACUGUUCGAAAAUUGAUUAAUGUUUUUCUGAAUGAGUACUACUACUCCAUGUUGUCGUUUCCUUUGAGCAUGGAACAGUUGAUUGAGCUCAUACAAGAUCUACCGGCUGCUUAUGAGUAUUUCAACAAAAACUUCGUCAGUCGUCCUCAAUACUUAGUGUCCGGAGGCUCUUUUUCUCUGGUUCAGCUGAGAGAACUGCAGUUUGCCGAUAGGGAUGGCAAUGUGGCCAAAGUAGAGACGAUGAUUGUGUUCAACUGGUCGAAUAGUCUUAAAACAAAAUAA